CUAUGUGGUGACAGAACUGAUGCAGAGUGACCUCCAUAAGAUCAUCGUGUCACCUCAGCCCCUCAGCUCAGACCACGUCAAAGUGUUUCUCUAUCAGAUCCUCCGAGGACUGAAGUACCUGCACUCAGCUGGCAUCCUACAUCGAGACAUCAAACCUGGCAACCUACUGGUCAACAGCAACUGUGUGCUUAAGAUCUGUGACUUUGGGCUGGCGCGGUUGGAGGAGCUGGACGAGUCUCGUCACAUGACUCAGGAGGUGGUGACACAGUAUUACCGUGCGCCAGAAAUCCUCAUGGGCAGCCACCAUUACACCAACGCCAUCGACAUCUGGUCUGUAGGAUGCAUCUUUGCCGAGCUACUGGGCCGACGCAUCCUGUUCCAGGCACAAAGUCCCAUCCAACAGCUGGAUCUGAUCACGGACCUACUGGGCACUCCCUCUCUGGAGGCCAUGAGGACAGCGUGUGAGGGGGCCAGGGCCCACAUGCUCAGAGGACCACACAAACAGCCAUCCCUUCCUGUCCUGUACACCCUGUCCAGCCAGGCCACCCACGAAGCUGUCCACCUCCUGUGCAGGAUGCUUGUGUUCGAUCCGUCGAAGCGGAUCUCAGCGAAGGAUGCCCUGGCCCACCCCUACCUGGACGAGGGCCGACUGAGGUACCACACCUGCAUGUGUAAGUGCUGCUACACCACCUCCUCUGGUCGCGUCUACACCAGCGACUUCGAGCCCGUCACCACACCCAAGUUUGACGAUGGCUUCGAGAAGAAUCUGACCUCCGUCAGACAGGUCAAAGAGAUCAUUCACCAGUUCAUCCUGGAGCAGCAGAAGGGGAACAGAGUGCCGCUCUGCAUCAACCCCCAGUCAGCCGCUUUCAAAAGCUUUAUCAGUUCCACUGUGGCCCAGCCCUCUGAGAUGCCCCCGUCCCCCCUGGUGUGGGAAUAGCUGCUGUCUGGGCCACGACCCUGCCCAUGGCCCACGCUGGACUACUGAGGACAAGAAGAAGAAACCCCAACCUGCGUAGCAUUUCACUGGAGUCUAGGACUAGCAAUGUCCACUGUGUGUGUACUGUAAUACUAACUAUGAAGUUUUAAAAUGAACCCAACCAACCACUGCUGACUGGGUUAUGGAGGGACUUUUACAGUGUGCUAUGUAUGCAAGUGUAUACCCACACUGCUCUGUAGAUGCAAACCCACUAAUGAAUGCACACACACAUGUGCAUACAAACAUUGUGCAGAGCUGGUAUAAGGGCCAACCUCGUGGGCUUGAAAGUGUGUGUGUAAAGCCAGGGAUYAGACAGUAUGCUGCAGAGAGUCCUCGUAGUCUCUGCCUGCAUUCCCAGAGGGCAACGCACAGCUCCCGUCCACUUCCAUACAUGCAUAGUCAUCACUUAUUUAUUAAAGGAGGGAGACGCGUUCCGGAAAGGGUGUUCUUUUUAUAUAUAGCACAGGAUUUAAGACACUACCUGCUCACGCUAGUUAACCCCCCCUCCCUCAGAAAUCAUAAUGUUCAAUUAGAGAUAAUGCUUUUUAUUUAUUUGUGGUGUACUGUUAAACAGUWUAGUCAGAGGGUUUCAUUGUUUGUUUUUUUGUUACAUUUUUUUCUGCUCCAUUGCUGUAUGUUCUAUGCCUGCUGUCUCCCGGGUUAGAAGUCAGUAUUUGUGAAGAGAUGUGUGCUCUGCAUGCCAUUUGGUUGCGAUACAUAUGGCGAGAACCCCUCACACGGCACACCCACUCGCACACCUAACCCAAAUGUGGGCAUGUGGAAGUAUGGCACUGUGUCAGUAUUAGCUGGGUAAAAUGAGGUAACCCUGGAAUGUGGUUGCUUCAAAGAAUAGACUAUUAGUGCGAAGAGCCACUGAGAGCUGAAGUACUGUAGCAUGACGGGGGACAGAGAGGCAGUAGUUUAGGGUACAUAUUGAUAUUGUGGGAUUCUGCACAGGUUUUGUGCUACAGUAACAAGAAGGCCAUGUUGGGGUGCUACUUGGUCGUUGCAUUUUCUCUCUGGAGACUCUGAGAGACCGAAUUCAAGUAAUCUGCUGUUAGACAUACUGUACCAUAUGAACAGGCAUGUUAAGAGUAUAAAGGAUACAGACAUUCACUGGUUCCCCUGCCAUGUCUGCUGAAUCUAUAGUCCUACCAUACACUGUCCAUGUUCUGUCAAUACAUACCUAGUUGAAGACAGACAAGCAAAAUAAUACGAAGAUCAGCCAAACCAAAAUAAUACAAUUAUUCUAAAGAGAAAGCGAAACCAAGAUUUAAAAAAAAUAGAUGUUUGAUGAUACGAGGGGAUGUUGCCAUUCCUUGAAGACAUUCAUUCAUUUCUGUAGGGUUGCUUAUACGUGUGUCCUGUCACAUGCGAAUGAGAAUGUUUAAUCAACUACAGUGAGUUGCUUUGGUGAGGGUUUGUCACCUUAUCAAGGGAAUGGUGUCAAACAGAUAUAUUAGGUCUACUUUAAACCUCACUCCCCAAAGCGAUAUUUCAUGUUACCCACACCUACACCAAUAAAAUAAACUCUCAGAAGAAAACAAUUUAAUAUAUUUUUUGAUUAUUAUUUUUUUGUUCUUUCAGUCAACAUUCUAUGGCAUGCUUUCUCAUGAUCCACAGAAUAUGAUAUGUAAAUACAUUAAAAAAACGAAUAGAUUUAAAACUAAAUCUACAAUGGAGGAAAAAAACAAAGAAAUUAAAACUCAAAACAAUACUGCUGUAUAGAAGGUGUAUUAGCCUGCACAUUUUUAGGGCUGUGCAUUUUAUUUUAUUUUUGAGACUUGCAUAUAAAUGUAUAUAUUUUAUUUGGUCUUUCAUUUGUUUUCCCCUGUACUAGAGUGUGUAGAAGACAAAAAUAAUCCAAAACAAAAAUGAUUCAGAAAACAAAUGAAAAAACACAUAACCAAUUAUGUUAAUUGUGUCUUGUGUGUACUGCAGAGCUGUGGCUAUAUUGAAGUAGAAGGCUUUUUUCUUAUUAUUAUUAUACUACUAUUAUUAUUAUAUUAUUAUUUCUUUUACCUUAGAGAAACACUUUACUAUUGUGUUUAUAUGUAUAUAAAGGAAUCACAAUGUUGGUCUCUACCUCUUGAGCUCAAUUACUUGGUUUGUCUACCUCCACAAGUUUAUCAUUUCAUGUGGAGAUUUAAAAAUAAAACUUGAAUGUCCCUUCCAGCUUUUAUAUUGAAAUAAAUAAAACACGUGCAAGUUUCUUCUUCACUCAUUUGAAAAACGAUAAAAAAUUUGCCAGAGGUGGGUUGCAUCCUAUCAUGUCAUUGUAUUAAAAACCCUAUCAAUAGCCAAGCAAUUACAGACUGUUAGUUGACAUUGAGUCAUACAUUUGAUAGGCUAUGACCCCCCCCCCCCCCCCGUUUCCCUGUGUAAUAUGUAUGUGAAGAUGCUAGUAUCUUUUCGUCAAGAGAUUUUGUGUUGUAAUUAAGUACAAAAACCCACUGAUGCUCAUUUUAAACGUGUACAAAAAAUAACGCAGACUAACUUGAACCUGCAACUGAUAUUUGGGCAAAAUUUGGAUAGAUACUACUUGUGCUGUCACACAUUUUAUAAGACAUUUGAAGUUUAUACUCAGAGGUAAUGUAAUUUGAAUACAAUUUACGAUAAAUAUAUCUAUAAAGCUCUGCUUACAAGGACCUUAAAGCCAAUGUGAAGUUGAGACCGGAAUUGACUCCUCGGAUGUACUCACGUGUGUGUUGGGAAAAAUGGCCGGUUUCUAAAAGUGUAGAUUUGAAGUACAGUGGUGAAACUCAUUAAAUGUGACAUUUAAAGAACGUCA